GCGCGCGUGUGUGUGUGAGAGACAAAGUGCUGUCUGUGCUGCAGGCUUCAGUGUCGACAGUGAACUACUGGCCUACUUAUGGACCAGGUCACUUCUCUAAGAGCGAGCAGCCACCGUGAAAUAUUAUAUUAUAUUAUGAGCACGCACACACACACACACGGUGUCCUGUCCUCUCUGUGUUUGGAACAAUAAAGAAAACAAACAUGUAAAGAAAGAAAAAUAUACAGACAAGUGUGUUCAAUGUUAUUUCAAACUCUAACUGUAACUCAAGUAUUUAAGUUUUAUAUAAAUAGAUAAAUGGACGUUUCAGCGCGUGGAAACAAACGUCAUCGUGCCAUUACGCACGCGUGGAGUGAGCGCGCGCUCCAGCGGCAGCCACAGAUCAUCGGAGGAGGAGGAUGAUGAAGAUGAAGACUCUGAAGUUUCGAAGGUCGUGAUGGAGGAUUAAGCUGCUGCUCUCCUUCAGUCCUUCCUUCCUUCCUUCCUUAUUCCCUCCGUCCUCCAGAGACAGAGAUGAUGGAGGAGCGCGAGCCUCGGACCCGCAGACUCUCCAGUUUCACCUCCAGGUCCCGCGUCUCCAAGGAGACGAAGCUCCGGCUGCGCGUGAUCUUCCUGGAUGAGAGCGAGCGCGCGUUCGAGGUGGAGCAUCAAGUGUUGGGCGGCGACUUCUUCAACAGAGUUUGUCUUCACCUGAAGCUGCUGGAGAAAGAAUAUUUUGGUCUGGAGUUCAGACACAACAGUGGAAACUAUGUUUGGUUGGAGCUGCUGAAGCCGCUGAACAAACAGAUCAAAUACACCAGCGAUCUUUUCUUCAGGUUUAUCGUCAAGUUCUUUCCUCCUGACCCAGGACAACUGAAGCGAGGUCUCACCAGAUAUCUCUUUGCCUUACAGAUAAAGCAGGACUUGUCCAACGGCAGUCUGACCUGUAACGACAACAGCGCCGCCCUGCUGGUCGCUCACAUACUGCAGUCAGAGUUAGGCGACUAUGACGAGGAGCUGGUUUGUCACCAUCUAGAGAUGAAGCAGUACGUCCCCAACCAGGAAUAUUUAGACCACAAGAUCAUCAAGUUACACAAGAAACACAGGGGCGUGUCUCCAGCAGAAUCGGACAUCCAGCUGCUGGAGGUGGCGAGGAAGCUGGACAUGUACGGGAUCAGGCCACACCCAGCUCACGACGGCGAGGGGAUGAGGAUCAACCUGGCGGUCACUCACUCUGGAGUUCUGGUCUUUCAGGGAAACACCAAAAUCAACACGUUCAGUUGGGCAAAAGUCCGCAAACUGAGCUUUAAACGCAAACAUUUUCUCAUCAAACUGCACGACAAAGUCGGGGUGAGAACCUUCAGAGGCAGUUUGGACGUUCGAGAAGCGCACGUUCCGUCGUGUAAGGAUACACUGGAGUUUUCCAUGACCAGUCGUGACGUGUGCAAGUCGUUCUGGAAGACGUGCGUGGAGUACCACGCCUUCUUCCGGCUGCCCGAGGAACCCAAGGCGGUUCACAAAACACUGCUGACCUGCAAAGGCUCCAGCUUCAGAUACAGUGGGCGGACGCAGAAACAGCUGCUGGAGUGCAUGGGAUCGCGGGAGAAGAAGCCUUCACAUUGUGAGAGAGUUUAUUGUCCGUCAGAGUUUGACCCCAGACAGUUUCGCUCUUCUCCUGAUCUCCUCACAGACGUCUCUAAACAGAUGUACGAUCACACGUAUCCAUUCCCGUUGGCGACACACAGUCAGGACGAGCUGGAUCCACAUCAGCGAAGUCUUGAUGACUUUGAGUUCCGGAGGGGAGGGGCUAAACGCAGCCUAUCCUCUGUUGAGGUCACACAGAGGCCCAGCCCUCUCGCCCGGGUCACUCCCCUCUCUCCGUCCGUGCACCAGUCGACACCCUCCUCGAAGGCGAGAUCGGCUUCAACAUCCGUGAUGGACAACGUGAGAUGUGGACGCAUUGGGAUGCAGCGCCAAGCCCAGAGGUUAGCCGGGGUUUACGGCAAUAGAUCGCGACGUCGGGCCAAUCCUCAGCCACAUCCGGACGCGGGACAGCAGUUGGUUCUUCUUUACCCGAACACUCCCGCGUACCAGUAUCACCCCGUCCUCCCGACUUUCUCGUUAGCUGGUUCCUCGCCGCUCAACCGCCAUCCGUACAUGACGGACUACGUUGCCGUGUCUUCACUGGAGCGCUUCCCACAGCCAAGGAGUCAGGACUAUGUGACGGUCGAUAACUUAUAUCGUCCAAGAUUUUAUCCACUAAGCCAAGAUUCUCCGUCUGUUUCACCAAUCAGGAGAAACCUCCGCCCCUCCGGUUCAGGCGGGUUAGCGAGGGUUUACCAGCCAGGAAGCAAUGGGGCAAGGUUCAUGAGCGUUGGUCAUACAGAGGCGGGGCAUUACAGCGACGACUGCAAUUUCCUCCCGGGGUUACCUCGCCGCGUCGCCAGCCAACCAGAUGUCAAGUUCAACCUGGCGAGAAGUUCAAACCCGGGCUUUAGCGCUGCCUCCGAGUUCCGUCCCCUCGGUUACUACCCACACUUGACACGCCCCUCCAGACCCACCUACCUCCCACUUAACUCCUCCCCUCUGCCUGAACGCCCCACGUCCCUAUGCAUGAUUGGAGGCACCAGAGGGAGUUACAGCGACUCGGAUCCAGAGGUUUUCUACCCAUAUUACUGCCCGCCACCCCCGCUGGGGAAGAUGGUACGCUCUGGUGGACUAGCCAGGAUGAGGUUUUCCUCCGGGAGCCUCCAGCUGGAUGAGGAGGAAGAGGAGGACACAGAGGAGGAGGAGGAUGAAGAUAACGCAGCAAAGGGAAAGACAAAAAAGGACACCAAGGGUGAUGAUGAGAAAAAAGUAAAGGCAGAAGCAAAAUGUCCUGCCAAGAUUACAGAGGUCACUCUGUAGGUAAAGAACCAACCUUUGUUUACACGCAGAAACAAUGAUUAUCUUUCUUUGUAUGUGUAAACAAAGAUAAGACGUUAAAACCGGACGGAUGGUUUUAAAAAUCACCUCCACCACUAGGCUGGAGAUUAAAUGUACGAUGGUUUGGUUUGGUUUUGUGUCGUUGCUGAUUUGUGCAGCAGAUGAAAUGUAAUGUUUGUUGCCUCAUUUUUGGAAACUAGUACCAGUUCAUCAAAAGCCAUUUUUGGGGAUUGAACCGUAAACUGUUUCUUGUGUCAGUCCCAGCUAAGGUGUGUUGCAUUCCCUGCUGAGCAAACGGGCCGUACUAGCCUUGGCUGUGUCACCUGUAAGCUGCUUUCAGACUAAGACAGAAGUAUCGAGAUGGGAGACAAGUGGACUUGCUUGAGCUUGAGUCCAGAUCUCUGUAGAGCCCCAUGUUUCAGUGUCCUCUCAUAUUCCUGCAGUCGUUGAAGGCAAUUUGUUCUAAGAUGUGUAACAACAUACCAGAGAAGGUUCUCAGGUCAUUGUACCUUCCAGACUGUAGAUAGAAGGAACAGGACUUGCUUGAGCUGAUGUCUUUUCACAGUAGAAUCCAAGUCAAGGCUGCCAUCCUCGCAUAUUCUUACAGUCAUUGAAGACUAUUUGUUUCUGACUGUGUCCAUGGAGGUUCUCAGGUUAUUGUAUCUUUAUAGAUGUAGUUCUAAGGAACUGGCCUUGCUUGAGAAAGGUCUAAAAGUUGUGGUGGACAUAUUCUGGAAUGUCUCCUCCCAGUGGACAACACAGCGGAGUAGUGGCUAGAAUGUUGGAGAGUGAAUGGUUGUUUGUUCCUGUGCGUUGGGGAUUGGCUUGAUUUACAGUGCGUGAUUGUGCCGUCUUGCGUACGGUCCUACCAGGUUCUUCCCUUCACCUGAAUGUUCUGGACAUUCGCCUGCUGUUGUUAAAUUCCGAAACCAGACAGUGUCUAGAAGUUUCUAGACAUUUUCUCAAGGUCUGGUCUGAAAACAGCUUUGGAGAUCUGGUAGCUCUGAAGCGUGGUCAUCCAGAAGUAGAUCAGAGUGGAAGUAUUUCUCCUCUGGUGGUUCUCCAGGUACGAGAACUUGGUACAAAAGGCCUGAUAAUGUAUUUUCCAUUGUCAAGUCAAAUGUGUCCACCGUGAAAACAACACUAUUAAAACUUUGACAUGGUAUCUAGAGUGUUCCGUCGGUGUGGAAAUAUCGUGGGGUCUGAAAACUUUUUGGGUGAUCUCAUUGGACAAUGUGUUUAUUCGCUGGAUUUGUGAAUAAAUUUAAUUUAAGACAAA